ACCUAUGUACAUGACUAACAUGAAUUUGUUUUAGUUUUGUCACGAUUUGUUACAUUUUUUCGUUGAUUCGUUGGCUUUGAGGAUGGAAUAAAUAGUGAAAUUAAGAAAUAGAUAUGUCUGUGGCAAUAGUUUGUUCAUAGGCUGUAGAAAAUCUGCUUUAUUUUGAUUAUAAAGUAUUUUGACAUUUUCCAGAAUCCAGGUGUGGCACAGUUUGGAAAUAUUUUAUUGUCAAUGUCAGUAAUGCUGUCAUUCCGAUUUUAUUUAGUUGCUGCGACUGUAUUGUUUCAGGUAUACAGUCUAUAUGGCAGCAACUCCACCCUCGAUGUUACUGUUACAGAGUAUACGAUUUCACUUCACUGGGCGGUCUCUGAUCUUAACGACACAUACAGUGUUCUCUAUGGCAUUAAAGACAAUAGCACAGAUACGAAAACAGAAAGUGUCUCCAUGCCGGCUGAUAACCAGACGGGGAUUACCCAUUUAAUAUCUGGGUUGUUUCCAGGACAGACGUAUGAUGUUGAAAUUCAAAUGAAUUCUGUCGCUGUGUUCGAAGACCUCAUAACCACAAAACCAUUACCAGUGGAAAACGUUCAAGCCUCCAGUAUCACAUCUACAUCUGCUUACAUCACAUGGUCACCUAGCAACCAGAGUAUACAGGAUUCUUAUAAGGUUUUGGUACAGGGAAUCACUGAUGCCAGUUUUCAGUUUGAAUCUCCAAAUGUCACUGCCACAGGGUUUUUGCUACAAGGCCUUUCUCAUAGCAGCAGUUAUUUAGUUACUAUGGUAACAUACAGUCAGGGAGAAUCAAGUAAUUCCUCACAGGAGUUAACAAUGAAUACAGCUCCAUUACCACCAACAAAUCUGACAGUGGUUGCCAUAGAUACGCAGAAGCUUAAUAUCAGCUGGGAGUCUGCGACACAAAGUGUACAGGAUAGCUUUAAGUUAAGCUACACGUAUAACUCAACAAAUGGUGACAACUUCAAUGAACUUACUGUUAACAUUACAUGCAACACGAGCAAUGAGAGAUACUGCGAGCUUACAAUGCCCGGGAUUCCGGGCCAGGUGUACGAGAUCCGUGUGUACAGUAAACUGGGUGAGGCUGUCAGUGAAGCUGCUAUGACCAUGCAUUCCACCAUUCCUUUACCUGCAUCAAGUCUAGAUGAAAUACUGAGUAAUGACACGUCUAUACAUCUAAGAUGGACAUUGCCGGGCAAUCUAGACUACCAUUUCCGACAUUUCAUCAUACAUGUUACAAGUGUGUACGGUUCCAUUACAAGGGAGCUAACUGGUGAGAAACAAGAACUGCCCUUGACCAAUCUGAAUACUGGUUCCAUGUACAAUGUGAGCAUUGUGGUAUCAACUGGGUAUGAGACAAGUCCAGCCGUGCAGAAGACAUUCUAUACAUAUCCUGUGCAGGUGGACAGUCUCACAAAUAAUGUAUACCGGGAUACAAGACCUGACUCGUUCACAGUGUACUGGACCAUCAAUGAUACUGCAAACUACGAUAACUUUAUCAUCAACAUUGAACCUAAACCUGAAAAUUCCUCAUUCCCACUUACUUUAGCACCAGGCGUCUUCAACUACACAUUCACAGAUCUUGCAGCAGGUCGUGGCUAUAUGGUUUCCUUGGUUACCGAACUGUCAUAUAAGGAGAGUGAACCAGUUAACAGCACAUUCAGAACAUUGCCAAAUAAACCUUCUGACAUUAUGGUCCGAGUAGAGAGUGGGUCAGAGGUCAAAGUUGAAUGGAAAGCAGCACUGGGCAAUCUUGAUAGCUAUCGUCUGACAUUGACAGGAUCUGGAGAUUCAAAAAUAGUAACAGAGACUGGGACUAAUUUUACCUUCAUAGGACUGGUUCCAGGAACACUAUAUAUGCUGAAAAUUGAGUCACACUCUGCAGGAUUGUACAGUGAACCCCUCACAUCAACAUUUACUACAAAUCCUUCUGCAGUGACGGGCUUACAAGCAACAAUGGUGGACAGUGAUUCUAUAACUAUAGUAUGGGAGGCACCAGUCAACUCAUCGUUUGACUCGUACGAGAUAUCCAUUGACCCACCUAAUGUUGCAUCUCCAGUUGUUCUUAAUAGCAAUGUUACAGAUUUAUCAUACAAAAUCACAUCCCUGACACCAGGACAGUUGUACACAGUCUCCAUGGUAACGGUUUCCAGUGGUGUGUACAGUGAGAAACUAGAAACUAGAGUGAUCACAGGACCCCUACCAGUUAUAGAUCUUCAAGCAUUACCACACAUGGCUGGUUUGAUGGUUACUUGGAAAAGUCAGAGUUCCAGUAAACAGUCUGGAUUUACAGUAACAUACCAAGAGAUGCCAGCUGGUGUACCAGUCCAGUUACCAAUUGUAGAGUCAGUGGAGAACCAGUCUGAUUAUAGUGUUGCAAUACCUGACCUUUUCCCAGGGGGCACUUACGAGGUUAAAGUUCAGGCAUGGCAGAAUGUAUCAGGGGAGAGUGCAGGGUCACCUUUACAAGAAAUAAAUGGGACUACCAAACCAAAGCCAGUAGAAAGUGUGUCAGCCUCACUAAUCGGUACAGACAUUAUUGAUCUAGACUGGUCUGCACCAUCUGAGAGCAUACACAGUCACUAUGUUGUGAAGCACAGACCCAGUCUGAGAAAUCCUAAUGUAUUAUGGGUAGAAAAUUCAACCUUGAGCACUAACUUGACCUUGCCAGAUUUGAUGCCAGGAGAGAGAUAUGAGAUUGAGGUUUAUGCAGUGUCAGACUCAGUCAGGAGUGAUGUCAGAAUUAUUCAUGUAACUGUUGUACCACUCCCACCACCAUCAGUGACUGUGUUAACAGAGAGAACAUCUACAAGUUCAGUAACUCUGCAAUGGCUGUAUCAGACAAGCGCCACCUAUGUAGAGAACUGGGUCAUCAGUUACCUUGACGAUAUAGGAGUCAAACAAAAUCAGACAGUUCCUCGACCACCUAGUGCAACAAUAGUGGAAGCAGCUGUAGAUGGGUUGGUUCCCGGGUUCAAGUAUGAUAUGUCUGUACAAGCUGUGAGCCAGGAUACGAUUUCCAGUGCAGUGUCUACACCUGCAGUAACAAAACCAGUAAACAACAUCAUCCUGAAGUUUGAAACCAUGCCAACUAACUCGUCAUUUAUUGUCUCAUACGAGGAGCCAGGCAGUGACUACUUUGAUGAGAUAGUGUUCACUGUUAAUACAGAAGUUAUCAGAAAACCCAAGUUAGAUUCUGACAAGCAGGUAGAGUUUACCUCCCUUGAGGCAGGUGCUCUCUAUACAGUAGAGGUACAAACAAUGAGUGGAGGGGAGAAAAGUGAUACAAAAACAAUUCUGGCACAGACAUUGCCGAAUCCUCCUAUAGUAUCUGGUGUUGCAACAUCCAACAAGAUCACCUUAACAAUCACCCGUCCAAGUGGAGGCGUGGACAAAUACAGAAUCCAAUGCUUUGAUCCCAGUGAUGAGAAGGUUGAGGAUGUGACGAUAGAUAACAUACAAGAUGUUAUUACAUCAUCAAUAGACAAUCUUAGAGCAUACACAAUAUAUAGAUGUGAGGUCACAUCAGUGUUUUCCUUAUAUCAGAGUACCGCAAGGGUGUCUGUUGGAACACAAGAAGCAGCGCCAUCUGUUGUUCGAGAUUUACGUGCUAUAGAGAGCGCUCCGACAGAAGUGACAUUGACGUGGACCAUGCCGGAGUUCCAGAAUGGUGCCAUAAGUCAAUAUGUCAUCAACUAUAUAGGACAGAAGGGGACGGAGACAGACGAGGGUCAAACAAAGGUUACAUUUCCUACAGCCAAACACAUAUUUACUGAUCUUAGAGCAGGCUAUGCAUAUACAUUCCAUGUAAGAGCAGAGACCGUUGCUGGGUCAAGUUUACCGGCAUCAGUGAUAAUUUCACUCAAAACAUAUAAACCUCCAUACAAGGACGGUGUAGACAAAACAAUGGCCAUGCCAAAAACUGUUGACCCUAAAAUAGCCACAGCAGACCCUCACAAACUUGUGGUAAACUUUACCAAUGUGUUCUCGGAUAAAUAUGGAGAGGUGAUUCAGUACACUGUUAUAGUUACUGAGGAUAAAGACUCGACAGACAUACAGACGAAGCAUAUCCUCCCAGGCUGGAGAGUAGCUAGGCAAGAUCCAGCCAUUAAGGCUUAUCAGGCUAUAUCAAACUGUUCCACAUUCUUUGAUGUUGGUUCCACUUGUGAUGGUCAGUUUGGUGUGAGAACCAAGAGGGCAGUAGCAGAAGCUGGGUACAAGGUGUUUGAGAUAGGUUCAGAAGCUGGAUGUGAUAGCAGGUUUUACUGUAAUGGUCCACUGAAGCCAGACACCACAUACUAUAUCACACUGAGGGCUUACACCACAAUGCAGCACAAAGACACACCAUUCUCUGACCCCAUUAGAACUGCUGCUUUACCUGUAGAAGAAGAUGGUACAAAUGUUGGCGGUAUAGUGGGUGGGGUAGUUGCCGCUAUUGUUGCGAUUGCUGUAAUAAUCCUGGCAGUGAUCAUAAUGAGACGUAGAAUGGACCAGAAAAGCAACAUGUAUAGACAUAAUCCUGGUGAACAGAUGACCCAUAGAUCAUCACUGACCAACAGAAAAUCAUAUGGUCCAAUUGCUCUGGCUAACUACAGACAUCAUAUACAGAUGAUGAAGGCUGAUUCUGAUUUUAAAUAUGCCGAACAAUUUGAGGACUUAAAAGAUGUUGGCAGAGGUCAGCCUUGUACAGCAGCCGAACUUGCCUGUAAUCGGGGCAAGAACCGGUUUACUAACAUCCUGCCGUACGAUCAUUCCCGAGUUAAACUACUACCAAUAGACGAUGAAGAAGGGUCGGAUUAUAUCAAUGCAAACUAUAUACCUGGCUAUAACUCACGGAGGGAGUACGUGGUAUCUCAGGGACCAUUGCCAGCAACUAGAGAUGACUUUUGGAGAAUGUUAUGGGAACAAAAUUGCAGAAAUAUUGUCAUGCUGACUAAAUGUGUAGAGAAAGGAAGAGAGAAAUGUGAUAAGUACUGGCCGUCUGGGUCUGAUGCUGUGUUCUACGGUGACCUUCAAGUUGCUACAUUGAAUGAAACAUUGUUUCCUGAUUGGACAGUGACAGAAUUUAGAGUGUCUUUGGGUGACCAGUCUAGGCAGAUUAGACAUUUCCAUUUCACGUCUUGGCCUGAUUUUGGUGUGCCUAAGAAGGAACAGGUGCUUGUUAGGUUUGUGAGAAUGGUGCGAGAAAAAUUGUUCAAAGAUGCCGGACCAAUUAUUGUUCAUUGCAGUGCUGGUGUAGGUAGAUCUGGAACAUUUGUGGUGCUAGACAGACUUCUACAACAUAUCAAAACUAAUGAUGCAGCGGAUAUAUACAACACUGUGGCCGAACUGAGGAAAGAGCGAGUCUGGAUGGUACAGACUGAGCAACAGUAUAUUUGUAUCCACAACUGUAUUCUAUGUGUACUGGAAGGCAGGGAGGAUGAGCAUAUUUAUGAUAAUGUGGGACACUCUAAUAUUGCCUUUGAAGAUAAUACAGACAACAAUAAAAAUCUAGGUAAUACCGUGGAGGAUAAAAUCAAGAUAAUUUUGGAAUCUGGAUAUUGAACAAUGAUGAGGGUGUUGACCUAAACUGAGCAUCAAAACUACGCAGUCUUUCAUCUGUGAAUCAAUUGUCAAAGAAUCUUCUUUACCAUUUGAUAUUACUUGUAUUCAUUCCUAUUUUUAUGAAAUAUUUUGCUAGUUAAAAUAUAUUUGUAAUCUGUGUUUCAAAUUAGUGCAGACAUACUUGUUGAUUGAUGCUGAUUGUCACAUGCUGCUUAGUAGAUACUAUCGUGGAACCCCUCUUUAACUGGGACCUGGGGCCUCCAUGGCUGAGUGGUUCAGGUUGCCGACUUCAAAUCACUUGUACCUCACAGUCGUGGGUUAGACCCAUCUUUAACUGGAACCAAGGGUCUGUGUGGCUGAGAGGUUAAAGUCACUAACUUCAAAUCACUUGCGUCUUACUAAUGAGGGUUCAAGCCUUGCUUAAGCAGGAGAAUUCUUCAUGUUAUUCUGCUUGGUGAUUCUAUCCAGGCAUUGCAAAUGUUAUGCAACCUUUAGUACUCUAUUUCAGUAAUUUAGAUUGAAAUAUUGCAAUUUUUUGCUGCAAUUCAAUGUUCAGGUUUCAGCUAUAGCUUUGUUUUUUAUCAGUGUUUGAAGUAAUGGUUUGGAAAAUGUGUUAAGUAGAAAAUUGUCACUUUGAUAUUCCACUCCUGAAUUUUCAGGCUUAAAAUCAAUUCAGUAUUUUUGUCCUUGACAAAUUACAAAUGUAUUAACUUUGUAUACAGUCUUAAGCCUGGCAAUUAUUAUCAUUUAAAUAAAAGAUAUUGAGCUAUUUACUUUUCACAUAAUGCUUACUGUGUUGGUGCACGGUAAAACUCAAAUAAAUAAAUAACAAAAUGCUUAUUUCAUGUAUUUUAGAAUAUUAUCAAGCAUAAUUUGGCUGUAAAUAAAUCACAUUGCAGACCCUUUCAAAUCUUGAGCUCUAAUAUACUUCAAAAUUUUGAAGGUGUUUUCAGACACAAUGAUAUAAGAUAUUUUCAUGUAAACCAGUCAAAUUGUCAAAAAACAUGUUUUCAUUUAUUCAGUCAUGUUUGGACAUCAUGAAAUCCUCAUUUUGUUUGUUUUUCAUUGAUGCAUUUAUUCAUUUAACUGGAACCAAAUCAUACUUUAGCUACAAAUGCUUCACUUGAAAUUGUUGAAACUUAAUAUUGAGCAUGAGUUUUUCAUUGUUUGUCACUGACAUUUCUUUGUGCCUUUACAUACAGUUUAUCUAAUACAGCCUUACCCCUGGGAACAUCACUUAUGAGUUGCAGAGUACCCCUAUACAGAGAUUGGUACUAUUUUCUUUCCUCAUUUGUAGUAAAUUGGCUUCUCCAGAGGAACCUGUAUACAGUAAAGAAAGUUCAGUAUUUCCAGCAAUGGUACAUAGUUUGCACUGUAUUUCAUUUUAAGGAAUAUUUUGAAAUUGAGCUUUAUUUGAACUGAUUUUAUCUUCAGGACUUUUUCUUUAAUCUGAAAGUUAAAAAUGAUAUUGAUUUUGUAUGAAUCAACUGUACUCUUAUUUUAUGCCUAUGGACCAAGUUUAAAUAUGCAAAAAAUAUGAUUAUGUAUGGUUGAAAUUUUCUAAGGGGAUCAAGCUAAAUCCAUAUGGUUUGGUUGAAAUCAUUUUAAGUGCUCAAGAAUCAGAUUACUUAUUUCCCAUGCUAUCUAUUUUCUGGCAGGCCAGAAAUAUUCUUUCUUCUAUAAAUACUUCCUUUUAUAAAAGACAGUUUAUAGUAAAUCACUGAUUGCUUGAAGUCAGAAGGUAAUGAAUGAAUACUGUAUAAGUGGAUAUAUUCGCGGAUCAAAAAAUUUGUGAAUUGCCGUUUCAAGAGGUUUUUGAAGCGAAAUAUUUGCACAUCACCGAAAAACUGAAAUGGUAAAGCUGAGUUUAUUUAUCUUUACUUGACUAUAAUGACUUGUCUUUAUGAUUGUGUAAUUAUAUGCUGACUGGUACUUUGGCGAAUUUCUUGAUUCACAAAAUUCGCCAACAUUUAUGCGUCACAAACUUUUCCGCUUACACAGUAUAUGGAAAGCGCCAAAGAGACCACAUGGAUUACUUGAUUCGGCCCUUGUGCUGGAGUCAAUGGAUGUUUCACUGUAGAUCAGUGUGUGAAAUAUAGAUAUCUUAUCAGUUAAAGCAGAUGUGUUGAGCUUUCAAACUAUGGUACACAUUUUUUAUCUUAAAAAUUAUGUACAGUUACGUUCAUGUCUAGUGUGAUGUCAGUGCCUUUGAUUUGUGUUGAUCCUAUAUGAUGUGUUGUUAUAGUUACGUUUGAAACAGAUUGUGAUUAUAUUGUUGAUUGUGAACAAUUUUAGAAGAGUUGUUUCUAUUUUUGUACAAGUAUGUUAUUCACUAUACCACCAUUUAGCCUUGAAUUAGAAUGAUUGAGUCCUUGAAAAUAGGAAACCCUUGAACAUUGAUUUAGAAUGAAGUAGUCGUUGAAGUAAGGAAAUACCUUAGGCUUGAUUUAGAAUAGUUAAUGAAAAUAAGUGUUCAUGGUUCUGUUAAUUAGUUAGGAAUAAUUUUGAAAUAUGAUUGUUAGAGACAUUUAAAAGAGUAAGCUACCACAUUCUUUUUGAUUAUCAUGUGAUAUUGCAUACAGAAAGUGUUGAAGUCAGGAGAGCUAUGAAACUAUGAAAAAUUUAACUAAAUACCAUAUAUUAUGUUCAUCCACAAUACAUGUAAUAUGAACUGGGCUAUAUGUUAAGGGGUCAUGAUUUUAGAUAAUUUUUAUCACUUUAAAGAUUAAUUGACUUAUCAAAUUUUUACAAAUGGGGAAAUAUUCAUUGCCAAAAAUUAAGCUUAAGAUAAAAAAGCAUGGGUUGUCAGAAGAGGUUUAAUUUUGUAUAUUUCUGUUGUGACUCAAAAGAUAUAUUAAGUUUGUGAACAAGCAUAAUUGUGUUAAGUAUUUAAAUGAUAAUAAUCUAUAUGUAUAAACUAAAAGGUUGUAUGAAAGUAUUUGUUGUAAAAACAUUCAUGUGUAUAUUUUGUUUCUAUCUGUUUUUAAUGUAGUACAUGUCCUGCAAAACUGCCUUAUUUUUACUACAGUUAGGAUAGAUAUUUGUUCAUUAUUUUGCCUAUAAGAAUUGUGUGUACUUCCUUUGCAUUGAACCUUUGUUUUUGCUGCCAAAUAGUUGACCAUUUCUGAAUAUAUACAUAAAACCUUGUGAACAUAGACUGUACCUUAAUUAAGCAAAAGUUUGGCUUUGUAAAGAUUAUCAUUUCAUAAUUUUACUUCCAUAUGACCAUUCCUUUUCUAAUAUAUUUAUAAGUACAAAUUCUUAUGUGUGUAAUAAACAUUUCUACUACCAGAUAUUUGUGCCUUUAAUGAUAAAAUUUUGAGCCGUGCCAUGAGAAAACCAACAUAGUGGCUUUGCGACCAGCAUAGAUCCAGACCAGCCUGUGCAUCCGUGCAUUCUGGUCAGGAUCCAUGCUGUUCGCUAACAGUUUCGUCAAUUCCAACAGGCUUUAAAAGCUCACAGCAUGGAUCCUGACCAGACUGCGCGGAUGUGCAGGCUGGUCUGGAUCCAUGCUGGUCGCAAACCCACUAUGUUGGUUUUCUCAUGGCACGGCUCAUUAAUGAUUUGUAUAACAAUUUUUUUCAAGGCAUGAAUGGAAUUUGUUACAGGUACUGGUAGGGAACGAUUUUCCGGACAGGACCAGUUUCUGGACACAUAUUAUAUCCGUUUUAUUUUGUUGUUAUUCGUGUAAUUGUUUUAUCUAGAUCAUUUAGAUGUUUGUUCUUCAUGUCUACAACAAACCACUAUUUUAUAAGGCUGUAUAAUGUUUGGGUUUUUGAUGAUAACUCUCACGCGUUUACAAAACAACUUUCUGUCUAAACGGGGCGUGAAGAUAGCAUUGCGCAUGCGCAGUAGUCCACACAUGCCGAGGUAUCAAGUGGGGAAGAAAUAAUCAAACUACAUAAUGAUUGUCUGUUGAUAACAUGUUCCACUUUUAAUUUCACUCUAAAAGUUACGUAAGAUGCAGGGAUGUCAAUUUUUGCAUGAUUUUAUUCUAUAUCUAUUAGAAUUAUCAAGAAUUCGUAUAAGACGAAAUUCGAGUUUUUUAUAGUCAACCUCGGUUUGCUUUCGUAGCUGCUAUUGAAUGGCGGGUUAUGUUUCAUGUGCAAUUUUGAAGAGAUGAAUAAUAAAGAAAUAUGUAGAACUAGUUUAAUUAUUUAUUUUGAUUCAAAUUAACAACAAAACACCGUCAAAAUAUUUGUCCGGAUACUGGUUUACAUGACGGGAAAAAUAACUUAUUUUAGUGACCCCAUUUGAGGCCCCAUUGAACCCACAUUUUACGUCACAACGCGAUGCUGAUUACAACAUCGGAUGUGGAAAGAGCUGAAGUUUGUGCAGUGUGGGCUUCAUUUAUGUCAAAUCUUUUUUAUUCAGGGAAUAAUGGAGCCGAAAUAUGAAAAUGUGUCCGGAAAGUGGUUCCCAACCAGUACAUUCUUUAAAAAACAGUUUUCAUUUUUUUUUCAAAUUUUUCAUGAAGAUUUUUAUUCAUAUUCGUUUUUUCUGAAAAUCUAUUGAAAACAAUAUCACCAACAACAACUUUUGUUUCGAUAGAUAUAGAAACCAUGUAUGAAUUCUGUAAUAGAUGGAAAGAACACUCAGUAUUUUGCUAAAAGUUAUAUCACAAGUUCUUUAUAUACAGCUGUGAGUCUACUUUUAGGGCAUUAUAAUAUAUUAGUCACUCUUUACUAUAUGUAAAAAUUUCAUGUUUUACAUACUGAUUUUCUGCAAUGUUUACAUUGUUCGCUGUACCCUUUUUUUCUCAUGAACAGAUUAUUAUUUACCAUUAUUUACUUAUUACUCUUGUAAUUGUGUUCCAUUUUGUUUUUUUAUUGAUUACCAGUGUUUCAAGAAAUGUGUUUUCUUUGAGUGACUUCAAACUGUAACUUAGAAAUGUUUGUUCCACUCAAAUGGUUAUAGAAAAAAGAUGUAUCAUGAAAUUGUGCUUUUGUCAUUAGUUAAUUGAGUUUUAAGAUAGUUUUGUGCUAAUUGUGUCCUUUUUGAAUUACAUUUUAGAAUUGUCAUGGCUUUAGAAAUAUCCACAUUGUUACGUUUUUAUAAGUUGCGUGAAUAAAAGCAACAUCCACAUAUGGAUUUAUAUACAUAAAUUUUAACAGUCCAUAUUAGCUGUAUAGUGAUGGGAUUUUGAAUUAGUAUUUUUUUAACCAAAAUAAACAAAACAAAUCCAGUUUAUUCAUGGUCUCCUGAACUUGAAUAGCAUUGACAAAUCAAAAGACUAUUUUGGUUAAUUCAGAACAUCUUAUCAAUGGAAAUAAUCCUACAAAAUUUAUGGAUGUCACUAGGCUCCCAUUUUCUGAAUUUGAAAGAUUCACACAUUGUGGGUAUUUUCUUUGUUCAGUUGUCCCAUUUUGCUAUCUAAUCUUUCAGUUCAAGAUUUUAUUUUUAGAAAUUACUUCUUGUUAUUUGAAAACUGCAUGUGGGCAUUGACACAUAAAAAGAUACCUCAUUGUAAGAUGAUGUUACAAAGUGAAUGCUGAAGACAGGUUGUUCGUAGAAAAAUAUUUGAUAAAGUUUCCUGUACAAAAAUUUGUAUUCAGCAUUUAGAUUAUAACUUUUUAAAAACCAUUCCAUCUUUUUUUUGUAAAGAAAAUGUAUAAAAUAAGUCUUUGAUAAGGCACCUGUUAACUUGUUUUUGCUAAUUGUAAAAAUACUCAUACUUCAGUGUCAACACAUAAAUAUUAACUUUUCUCCAGUUGUUUUAAAGAUUUUUAUUUAAUUGAAAAAGUUAGAUUUUAUAUAUUAUUUUACAUUAACAUGGAUGAUACAUGAAAUUUGAUUCAGGUUGGAAAAAUGAAAAUCAAAAAAGGAGGAAAAUCAGUGUUUAAGAUACGUUUAAAGUUUGUUAUUGCAACAUUUCCAUUGUUGAUAAAUGUUAUGUUAACAUUCACAUAAUUAUUUCAAGGAACAAAGUUGACACAUAUCAAAGCUUAAGCUGAUGCUAAUAAGUGAUAAAUACACAAUUCACGUGAGAUAGUUUAUUGAUGUACAUUUAUAUUUUUGUGAAUAAAUUUAUUGCACCAA